UAUUUCUUAUUGCGGUUCACUCCCACGGCCACGGAGCGUCUGAGCCGCGGACGAGCGUGAUUUGGUCGGGAGCGCGCCGCAGUCAUGCCUCGUCCGUCGCUCGCCUCGUCAGUGUCGGAAAACAGGGGAAGAAUUUCGCCUUUUUCCUGAAUUCCCUGGGCGUUUUAUCGCGACUCGCCGCCUCCUGGAAGAGAAAGUGACAUUUUUUUUGUAAGUGAAACGGAUCGAUAAUUUUUCAUUUCUUCCCUCCCUCCUCCAGUCAGGGAGACAAAAGAGGGCAAAGAGAGGCAGCAGGAGUCCAGCUGUUCGGGGUUCAGCCUUCAUUUCGCGGGUCCUUUCCUUUAACUUGAUGCUGUCCACGCUACUAAUGAGCUCCAGCUUUUUGGGGGGAUGUAACCAAACAAACAAAAGAAAAAAAGGCCACUUUGACGGACUGUGAGUGUUUCCAUCCCUCAGCCGGAGCAAUGAGCCGCUAGGAGCCUGAAAAGCAGCGAGAGAAAGCUUCGGGUCCGCAGGGCUCAGCUCAGCCGUCCUCCCCCUUUAACAUCCCACUGUGUUGCACCACGACCAUGUCCUUUCCCCACCGUGCCCAUCCCAUGGAGAGUGCACGCCCACCCAGAUAGGAUGCCUGCCUCGCUCGACGCCCUGCAUCCCCUCCUGCCCGUCACCACCACCUCCUUCUCCUCGCGUGUACCUGCUUUUGGCAACAGUUCCUUGCGGCCCCCCAGGCUCUGCCCUGCCCCGCUGCAACAUGGUGGAUGAGGCGCCCACCAUGAAGGAUGACGUCAUCAACGCCAACACGCUUGCUUGGCUGGUCUGCUCGGGCGUGUCCAUCCUGGCCAACACUUGGAGCAUCCUCAGCGUCAGCGCCAAGCAGAAGAAGUGGAAGCCGCUGGAGUUCCUCAUCUGCACCUUGGCGGGAACACACAUCCUCAACAUGGCCAUCCCCAUCACCAUGUACUGCGUCAUCACUCUGCGGCGUCAGCACUCCAACUAUGAGUGGAAUGAGGGCCUGUGCAAGGUGUUCGUCUCCACCUUCUACACCCUCACCCUGGUCACCUGCUUCUCCGUCACUUCGCUCUCCUAUCACCGCAUGUGGAUGGUUCGCUGGCCGGUAAACUACAGGUUGAGUAACACCAAGAAGCAGGCGGUGCACACAGUGAUGGGGAUCUGGAUGGUGUCCUUCAUCCUGUCCACGCUCCCAGCAGUGGGGUGGCACGACACCAUCGACCGCUUCUACACCUCCGACUGCCGCUUCAUCGUGACGGAGAUCGGCCUGGGCUUCGGCGUCUGCUUUCUGCUGCUGAUCGGCGGCAGCGUGGCCAUGGGCGUGAUCUGCAUCGGCAUCGCGCUGUUCCAGACCUUCUCGAUUCAGGCGGGCCACAACGCCGACAAGAACAAGUUCAACGUCCCCACCAUAGUGGUGGAGGAUGCUCAAGGCAAGCGCAGAUCGUCCAUCGAUGGUUCGGAGCCUCUCAAGACGUCGCUGCAGAUCACCUACCUGAUCAGUGGUAUCGUCUUCAUCUAUGACUUCCUGACUGGCUUCCCCAUACUGGUGGUGAGUUUCGCCAGCCUGAAGUUCGACCGCUCCUACAACUGGAUGGUUCUGUGCGUGCUGUGGUGCUCCAUCGCCCAGUCCAUCCUGCUGCCCAUGUUCCUCUGGGCGUGCGACCGCUACCGGGCCGACAUCCGCAUGGUGUGGGAGAAGUGCGUCGCCAUCAUGUCCAACGACGACGUGGACGAGGAAAACAGCCAAGAUGGAGGAAUUCAUGCCGACUUAAUAUAUGACAGACCAUAUGACUAUAGCUCGGCGCCUGAAAUCGUGACGAUAGACCGUAAUGCCAAGUAUGAGUUCUCAACCUUAGAAAGGGGGGUUCUGCAAGGUUAUCCAUUGAGGGAACAACAGGAAGAUAAAAUGCAGUAUUUGCAGGUGCCCCCUACAAGAAGAUACUCCCACGACGAAACCGACAUGUGGACCAGCGACCGGAUCCCCUCAUACCUGCACCGAUGGGGCUCCACCGAGGACAUGAUAGUGAGUGCCCACUACAGCUCCACCUUGCCGCGCCACGAGAGGCGCAGGAGCAGCCUGGUCUCCUACCACGAGGAGAGCCACCAUCACCACCACCCUCACCGCAAGCGGCGGCGCUCUGAGGACAGCAUGCACUCCCUCAGGCAUCUGCCGCGCGUGGUCUGCGGCGGCGAGCGCUACGAGGACGAGCUGCGCUGCUUCAGCCGCGACGAGGUGAUCAACUUUAUAGACGAGACGCCGCUGCCGAGCCCCAGGAAGAGCCCGCGGCGCACGUCAACCAUCUCGCUUAUCCCCAACGUGUACGAACAGCACACAGUCAUCCUCCCUCACUUCCCGCUCACAGACUUCGAGCGCGAGCCUCAAGCGCUCAGGCGGCUCUCGGAACACAAAAGGAGCGGCAGUAGUCGGGGAAACUCGCCCGAGGGUUCCCCCAAACCAGACAGACCUGCCGGGAAGAAGAGCCCCGGGGCUUGUGGCUCCGGGAAAGGCUGCAGGGAGCGUCCUCGAGACGGGAAGCAGCAGAGGGAAGGGGGCUCACCUGGGCGCAGCCAGCAGACUUCAGGGCACUCCGGCUGCAGGCCCCGGACAGGUGGAGGUGCCAGAGCCGGAGCUGCACCCGAAUGGGGACACCAGAAGCACCUGAGCAAGGCUGAGAGUAAAGGAAGCACAAACAGUUUUGUAAGCACGCCCUCAGCAUCGUCCUCGGGAUACAUCACCUUCCACUCUGAUUCUGUAGGCUCCACCACCUGAAGUUCCCGUUAUUCAUGUCAGCAUUAGGACUGGAAACCGCUGGAACAUCAGUGGUUACAGAGAAGUGACAUGCUGGAAUAUAUCGGCCUUUUAUUUUCUACCUGUGCCACUAUUCAGUUUUACUAUCAAGGACCAACAAACAGCUGUUCUGCUAAAUGGCCUUAGGAGCUUUGGACAUCAUUUCUGAAUGGGCCUUAUGUUGAUUUAGUGCGCAGGCUGGUGAAAAGGUUGGGUUUCUCUGUAACUCAGCUUCCACAUCACAAAAUAUCCACUGAGGACACCUCCCUCCCCCCAGCACUGACACAAAGAAACUGUUUUUAUUGCUACAUUCCUAAUCUGGUUUGGUUGUUUGAUAUUGUUUCUUACAAAAUUCUCCAAGAUUUCAGAGGCAGUUGUCAGGGUGGUGUGUUUCUCUUUCUUUUUUUUAUUACUUUAAAAACUUGAACUCCAGUUGUACUUUAUUUGGCCAGUAAUGACUGUGUGUUGUUGUAUGGACACAAACCUUCCUGAAUACUGCCCACAAACCUCGAGCUCGACUUGAGGAUUUGACACAUUUUACAUAUUUACCUUGCUUUGAUCAUGAUGUACAAUUUUUCUAUUGACAUUAUUAUUAUUAUUCACGGCACACAUGAGAAGCUUUUUUUUUUGAGCACCCUACAUUGGAGUAAAUCGAGAGUGAUGACCCCAAACUCUGAAACGCCUGAUAGUUUUACAGUUACUGUGUGAGAUAUUGAGAUUUAACGUGACGAACCCUAAAUCCUUAAUGAAAAUGUGAAGUCAUUUUUUUUUAAAAAGAAGCUCGACAUGUCAUGUAUAUAUGAAGGAUACUGGGUUUAUGGUUUUGGUGUUUUCUGUUUAAUUGCUUCGAACACGUCCUCCCAAGUCUUAUUUUUCCAACGUUUGUUUUAACUUUGGGGAUGCUCACCACAAUCAGUACAGACCAUCAGAUGAAUAUGCAAACGGUGCUUUAUCCUGAUCGGCUGAGCCUCUCAGUCUGACCUCAUGUCUUAUUGGUUUCAGUAGAAAGAUUUUUUUCAAGCAACCAGCUCAGAGGGAACCCAAAACUGGUCCAAAACUUUAGCUUUCCGCUGUGAUGUAGCAUAACUUGAAUGCUGGUUUCAACACACAUGAGGACCAUUAUUAAGAAAAUAGACUGCAAAUUCAUAACUUAUGAUAAAUUAUUAGCUUCUGCAAAAGACAAGCACGAUAUAUUUGAUAUGUUAUCUCAGUGGCCCGGUUGGUAAAAGGUCGACACAUGCCUUUUCUUUUUGGCUAAAUUUAACAAUCUGGUUUUCAUUCAUGCACACCAACGGCACAAGCAUCAGGAGCAACUGGAGGUUCAGGAUCUUGGGAGGUUUUAUUUAUGAAAUGUUGCUUUUUUUUAAAAAAAAAUCUGAUUAAUCCAAUCCUUAUGAAGUAACACGAAUUAUAUGCAAACAUCUCCAGAGGGAUGCUGCAGGGAAAUUCAGGUUGAUUUCUAUAUUUUUAUCUAACAUCAAAGAAUAAAAGGUCAAGAACAAAAGCUGCUUUAGUUAAACCAGGAGAUAAAAUGCCCCAUCGUUUCUCACUGGACUGAACUUUACAAAGCCCACAGUUCCAUUUUUACCAAAGUGAUCAUUUCCGAACAGGAGUGAAAACUCUUCACUGACUGAAAUAAAGCAGCAGGUAGCAGACAGUAGCUGCUAAGGUGAAUGUAUGUAAGGAAAUUAUGAGGGCAAAACGAAACGGAAACAUCCCCUUUGACAGCCUUAUUAGUUGUGAAAUUUUAUUUUUUAACUAUUACCAUCCAAGUAAUAAAGUUGCACGUGUUUUUGCAUAUAUGUUUUGAAUCAUCCGCCGUCGUUUAAGUGUUUCAUUUAACGCUCAUGUGUCCGUGCACCUUUCACUGUUCAGUUUGACCAGUUAGCAGGAGCUUUCUUUGGAAACAGAGCACCACGUUCCCCUGUCAGACUUUUGCUGUGUGUCAUAGAUCGUUUGGGAUUUUGUUGUGUUUGCAAUAUUAAAAAUAUAAUUUUGUAACAUAUUCAAAGAUUUAUGACUCAAAUAUGAAUGAUGUUCAAUGUUAUGAUUUUCUUGUUCAGAUGAUGACUUUGUUUUAAAAAAAAGAUACGACUGAUUAAAUUCACAACAUGA